GAAUAUGUGUCUAACAUUUGUAUCGAUCAAAAUUGCAAAAUGAUUUAAAAUCUUGAUUAUAUGCACUUUUCAUGUCUCAAAAUUUUAGUAUAAGAGAAAAAAAAUCUUCUUGAUUCUAUUCACACUAAAUUGUGAUGGAAAUAGAACAAGACCCUUCUCUCUCUAGUGCUUACAUUCGUAGCCUAGUGAAACAAUUAGCAACCACAAAAAAACCAAAAGAAACCAUGAACACCAAACAUCAUCAUGAGCAUCAAAAUUUAAGAAAACAAGUCAAAGUUCACAAAAAACAAGGUAGAAGAAGGCUUCACACUACUAGACCUUAUCAAGAAAAGCUUCUAAAUAUGGCUGAAGCUAGAAGAGAAAUUGUCACUGCCUUGAAAUUUCAUAGAGCAUCUAAGAAACAAGCUAGAGAAGAAGAGAAACACCAAAAAUACCAACAACAACAACAACAAGAUUUAAGGUUGUCUCAUUCUAACCAACAACAACUUUCAUGUUUUGACUUUGAGCAAGACUUAAGGUUGUCUAGGAGAAAUCCUAGGAUUUAUCCAUCAUGCAUAAGCAAUUUAUCAAAUGAUUUUUCCUAUUCUUCUUCUUUCUCUCAUCCUUCUCUCUCACUUCCAUCAUGGCCUAUUUCUUCAUCAUUUUCACCAAACCUUUUGGUUGAAAAUUCCAAUAUUACCCUCCCAAAUCAAACUCUAGGAUUGAACCUUACUUUACAUGAUUUUAACAGCUUAGAUUCUACCCUUUUGCUUGACGACAACAACAACAAUAAUGAUUUAUCCUUUUGUUCUUAUUCACCUGCACCAUCUUUAUCUCCUCCACUUUAUUUAACAAACGAUCUCGAAAUUCCUUCUAUUAAUGAAAUAUCACAAGGAGAAGAUGUUUCCUCAAUGCUAGAAACCAUUGAAUCAAGUCCUACAAACCAGGUGAAGGAAGGAGGCUCUCAUGCAGCCAUGGAUGAUGAAGGUAUGGAAGAGAUGAGAUCAUUGGGAGAGCAGUAUCAAAUGGAAUGGAAUGACACUAUGAAUCUGGUUACAUCAACUUUGUGGUUCAACUUCUUGAAGAAAAUGGAAAAUGAUGCACCACAAGAGGAUGCAUGUCAUCAUGUCUUUGAUGAAUUCAUGGAGUUUGAUCCUACUUGGUUGAAUGCAGAAGAAGAAAGGUGUUUAGAACAGUGGUCAGAAUCAGAGAAUUAUUUGCCAGAUCUUGGCUUACCUUGGUAAGUUUAAUGUAAGUUUUAUAAAUUUUAAUAAUGAAAUUCUGUUUAAGGAAGUGUUUUUUUCUUGUACUUUUGUACUUUGUCAAAUAAAUAUAAAGACAUGUACUUUAUUUGAAUCUUCUUGUAACUUAACAUAGUCAGUGAAGUUUUCACCGGAUCUUAUCUUUUUAUUUCUUUUUUAA